UCCCCCCUAUAGCCGCACACUCACCCGGCAGCUCGUACCCUGUCCCCGCACCCCAGCCAGUCUGUCGGGGUGGCGAAUGGCGCCGGCGGCGAGCGGCCGCUCGCUCCCGCGGGCAGGGCUGCGGCGCGCCUAGGGGCCGCGGGCAGGCACCACCCCACGCCAUGCUGGCCGCCGCUUGGCUGGGCAGGGGUUUCUGGGGGCCCCUCCGCGGCGCGGGGAGGAGGCGGCCGGGCGGCGGUGCCAGGCCUCUGGCCGGCCGACCCGGGGCGUCGGCCGAGGCGGCGGAGGGACGCGGCGGGGGGGCGGGUGGCCGCCGCCAUGGCAACGGCGGCGUCUUCUGCUCCUCGGCGGGCGCGGGGGCUUUGGCAGGGCCACACCAGCGGCUGCUGCGCGAGCAUCAACGGCUGCUGCGCGCGCCCGCCGCCGCCUGGCGCCUUCUCAGCGGCGGGGCCGCGCCGCCGGAGCCCCCCCGGGAGCGGCGCGUGGCGGAGCGCUACGCCGAGCUGUAUGAAAACCCCUGGACGAUCCCAAAUGUACUGUCAAUGGCAAGAAUGGGUUUGGCGCCGGUUUUAGGCUAUUUGAUUGUUGAAGAAAACUUCAAUGUUGCACUAGGGGUCUUUGCUUUGGCUGGUGUAACGGAUUUGUUGGAUGGAUUUAUUGCAAGAAACUGGGCUAAUCAGAAAUCAGCUUUGGGAAGUGCUCUUGAUCCUCUGGCUGAUAAAAUUCUCAUCAGUGUGCUUUAUGUAAGCCUAACUUGUGCAAAUCUCAUCCCAGUUUCACUUACUUCCAUGAUUAUUCUGAGGGAUGUAGUGCUCAUUGCUGCUGUUUUUUAUGUGCGAUACAAAACUCUUUCUCCCCCGAGAACUCUCAGUAGGUAUUUUAACCCCUGUUAUGCUACUGCCCAAUUAAAACCAACAUUCAUUAGCAAGAUGAAUACGGCAGUUCAGCUAAUUUUGGUGGCAGCUUCUUUAGCAGCUCCUGUUUUCAAUUAUGUGGACAGCAUAUAUUUGCAGACAUUAUGGUGCAUCACAGCUUUCACAACGGUAACAUCUGCGUACAGCUAUUACCACUACGGCCGAAAAACAGUUCAGGUGAUAAAUAACAAGUGAAGUCUUCCUGGAAGGUCUGGGUCUCAGCAGCAUGGUGUGCUGUACUGCUGGAGAUGGCUGUAAUGCAACUGAGUUUUGGAUCAAGAACUCUUGUUUUUCUGCUUAAACCAUGGCAUCACAAUGAAAUGAAGUUUGAACAUGUACUGUGUAUAUAUAUAGAGACUUUUCAAUGUAUUUUUAAUUUGUUUAAAAAUGAGGUGGUUUACAGAGACAAAUAAAUAAUAUUCUUAAAGACA